UUUUUGAGGUGACGGGACGUUUCGACUUUCGUAUACUUAAACUGUGGUCGGUGCGAAACAUCCAUUUUGUGGUAUUUAAUUGAAAUAAAACACGAUUUUCGAAGGUUUAGGAGUGAGAAUUAUGACCAAGUGCAGUUAUUACUUUAAAAAACAAACGUAUAGUGUUAUAUAUUACUUUUAUUUUGAACUUAAAUGGAGCUAUGGACAUUCCAUUAUUCUCGUAAAAGUGCAGUGACAAACUAAAUUUUGACUUGAACAUCAGAACGCGGUUGCAAUUUUUAUUACCGACACUGUUUCUGUAUGAUAUUUAGUGAAUUAUUUAAUAAAAAUGUUUUGUGUUAUUGCGUCUCAUAACCUCAAUCAGGAGGUUUUGUGAAUACGUAGAUUUUUACUUUAUAUUGUCGUGAAGAGUUUAUCUUAACCGUUUUAUUAACCUGUUAUAUAUGAUUCAACGGGAAUAUCAAAUGAACAACGGGUUUAGUACAGGAGAAGAAGAUUCUAGAGGUAAUUCCGACCAAAUAUGUUGCCUUGUGGAUGACAGCGACCGAUGUAGGCGACUUGCUGGCAACGCGUCAUAUAGCAAGCGUAUACAGAAGACUGUAGCACAAAAGAGGCUCAAGCUCAACAUUGACCACCAGGCGAGACACACAUAUAUCUGUGAUUAUCAUAAAACAAUGAUCCAGUGUGCAAGAACAAAACAGAGGAGAAACAAAGACUCAGAAGAUGACAGUAAUGAGGCUGAGAUUGACUCACCUGAAGUAGACUGGUUUCAAUUGCAAGUGAAUACAUUAAGAAGGUAUAAAAAACAUUACAAGGUGCCAACAAGGCCAGGACUGAAUAAGGCACAGCUUGCAGAUGCCAUUCAAAAGCACUUCAAGUCCCUUCCAGUCAAUGAAAAGGAGAUUGUGACAUAUUUUAUUUAUAUGGUGAAAACAAAUGGUAACAAGUUAGACCAUAAGAAUGGCAUCAACUCAGACUCAGUGUAAUUUUAAGUGACUAUUUAUGAAUUGUAGGAUUAGUUUAGAUUUACUGAACUAGGAAAUUUCUCUUUUUAAUUUUUCAAUCUACAUUUAAUGUGCUCACAAUGUUGUAAAUAAGUUGUCUACCAAAUAUGCUAUGAAUUUUGGUUGUAUUAUAAUAAUUUUUUUAUUUUAUAUUUUUAUUAUUAAAUUGUCUAGACCAAUAAAACCUUGUUAAUGUAAUCUACAAUACAAGUUGUGUAUAAACAUACCAUAUUUCUAUUUCUGAAAAUGUAUUCAGUCAUUGUCUUUCUAUUUAUCAAUGAAU